AGUCCGUCUAGCCCGCCUUGGUGGGGAAAAGAAAACCCAAAAACUACAAGCCCGUGAAAAUUUCCCGUGAUGGGGGCAGAAGACGAGGGCAAUCAGCCGCCGCCGCAGGCGGAGGCGGCACCCGUCGCGAGGCCGCAGCCUAUCACCCCAGCGCAGUUCCUCUCCUGGAAGCAGCGGAAGGAUGCAGAGGAAGCUGCAAGGAAAGCUGAAGCAGCUCAGAAGCGAGAGGCAGAUAUAGCUUCAGGAGCAGUGCAGAUGAAUGGGCGAGAGCUGUUCAAGCAUGAACCCUGGGUCUUUGACAAUAAUAUCUACUAAGAUGAAUGAAACCCGAGAAAUUCACAACCGUUUGCUAUCUUCAAUUGUGUAGUUCAACAGAGUAGUCUGCAUGCAGAAGACCCUGGAAUCUGCAAUAUAUUCUAUUGCAAUAUCAUCUUUAUAACCUAUAUGAAGGCAUUCAGAUUUCAGAGCCGUGAUUUGCUAUCAUGUUCCUGUGAAUCUCUUAUAUACUAGCUAUAACAUGAGGGUACCCAACAGCCGCUGGAUCUUGAACUCACGUUGUAUUUUUGUGUCCAUCUAUGUAUCCGCGGUGUGUUGCUGUCGGCCGCUUUGCAAC